AUGAGCCAACUUUUUACCAAUCCACUAAUCUUUACCAAUUUAAUCCAUUAACCUUAGCUAUUUACAUAACAUUUUCCCUUUUAAAAUCCUCUAUAAACUUAUUAUUCAUAAAUAUAAGUACCAAGCAAUUUUGCCCCUUUUCAUAAUUACUAGAGUUAGCAAUAUUUAUAGUUAUAAUUACCAUUUAAUGGAUAUCAUGAUUAUGGUAAUGCUCUUACUAAUCCUAGCCAUUCACAAUGAAAACUUUAUAAACUCUUAAAAAACGAGUUUAGCAAUUGGAAAUUCUCCAACAACUUAUUAAAUUUUUAAUCCCAUUCAACAGCAUCUUCUGAACAAAUAAAAGCUUCGUGAAUAUAUUGUAUUAAUUAUUGAUGACUAUCAUCAAAUACAUGAUAUUACAUAAAACCUUAGAAACAUCAAUCAAACUCAAUUAGCAAAGAUCUUAGAAAUCUUAGCUACAAAAUAGUAAUAAUAAAUCAAGAGUAGAGAAGAAUUAAUCAAAUUUUGUUUAAGAAAAGCAUUCAGGUUUAUAUUUAAGAAAAUAUCAGAAAGAGAUAACAUAUCAAGUACAUUUAUCUAUAAUCUAUUUAGAAACUAAUUUAAAAACAGCUCGUUAAGAGUUUUUAACAAUUAUGGAGUAAGAGAAAAAGAUUCCACUCAUUCUUCCAUUUAGAAAGAACAGUAAAAACAAAACAAUGAAUAAUGAUUUUUUAAAAGAAGUAUUUUCAUCUCAAAUUUUCCAAAGUUUUUAUAAAGAGUUUUUAGGUAUUAUUUAUUCUAAAUAAUAGAUCAUUUAGAUGAUACUAUAUAAACAGAUAGAAAGAAAAAGAUUGAUAAACUAUAGGACAAAAUUUGGUUGAGUUUAAGGGAUAACAGAACCGUAAUAUUAUAUUCAAUUAAUAUAUAGACAACCUUUGAUAUUAAACGUCUUCCUUGGUCAUAAAAAAAUACAGAAAGAGUGAAGUCUAUAGCUUUUGAAUUGUUGACAUUUUCAUAAAAUGAUUAAAUUUGA